GCAGUCCAGCCCGAGGGCCUCUCCAUCCUCCAGCCACGCAGGAGGCCGAACCUGGGCGCGAGGCACAGGCGGCGUCGCCUCCCGCUCCUGGUCCGGCACUUGGGCCGGGGCAGCGGAGGCCGCACAACGACUUUAUUCACUGCACGCCGGCGGCCGUCAGGCUGCACCAGGAACCACCCCCCAUCCCUGGGCCUGAGCGCGUGCGCCGCGAGGACCCAGCAGCACCCAGGCCUGGUUUUCUCGGGGGGCGGGCUGGUGCCCCACGAUGGACGUGUCCCCUGAGUGCACACAGCAGGGCAGGGGGCUGGUGCUGGUUCGCCGGCGGCCCCCUGCACCCCCAGACCUGCGAGAGGCUCUGAAGGCCCGGCUGCGGCGGAGCUGUGCAUGCAGCGUGCAGGGGGCCUGGGCGCUGCUGCAGGACUUGCUCCCCGCCACGCGCUGGCUCCGCCAGUACCAGCCUCGGGAGGACCUGGCGGGUGACGUCAUAUCUGGGCUGGUCAUCGGCAUCAUCCUGGUGCCUCAGGCCAUCGCCUACUCACUGCUGGCCGGGCUGCAGCCCAUCUACAGCCUCUACACGUCCUUCUUUGCAAACCUCAUCUACUUCCUCAUGGGCACCUCGCGUCACAUCUCCGUGGGUAUCUUCAGCCUGCUCUGCCUCAUGGUGGGCCAAGUGGUGGAUCGCGAGCUCCUGCUGGCCGGCUUCGACCCCGCCCAGGACGGCCCGGGGCCCGGGGCCAACCGCAGCGCCCUCAAUGCCUCGGCCACCAUGCUGGCGCUUGGGCUACAGGACUGCAGCCGGGACUGCUACGCCAUCCGCGUGGCCACCGCCCUCACGCUGCUGGCCGGGAUUUACCAGGUCCUCAUGGGCGUCCUCGGGCUGGGCUUCGUGUCCGCCUACCUCUCGCAGCCGCUGCUGGACGGCUUCGCCAUGGGGGCCUCAGUGACCAUCCUGACCUCCCAGCUCCGACACCUGCUGGGCGUGCGGGUCCCGCGGCAUCAGGGGCUGGGCCUGGUGGUCAGCACAUGGCUGAGCCUGCUGCGCAGUGCCGGGCAGGCCAACCUGUGCGACGUGCUCACCAGUGCCGCAUGCCUGGCCGUGCUGCUGGCGGCCAAGGAGCUCUCGGACCGCUACCGGCACCACUUGAAGGUGCCGCUGCCCGCAGAACUGCUGGUCAUCGGGGCGGCCACGCUCGUGUCCCACUUCGGGCAGUUCCACGAGCGCUUCGGCUCCAGCGUGGCUGGCGACAUCCCCACUGGCUUCAUGGCCCCGCAUGUGCCAGAGCCGGGGCUGGUGUGGCGCGUGGCGCUGGACGCCGCAUCCCUGGCCCUCGUGAGUUCCGCCUUCUCCAUCUCGCUGGCGGAGAUGUUCGCCCGCAGCCAUGGCUACUCUGUGCGCGCCAACCAGGAGCUGCUGGCUGUGGGCUGCUGCAAUGUGCUGCCUGCCUUCUUCCACUGUUUUGCCACCAGCGCCGCCCUGGCCAAGAGCCUGGUGAAGACAGCCACCGGCUGCCGCACGCAGCUGUCCAGCGCGGUCAGCGCCGCCGUGGUGCUGCUGGUGGUGCUGGCGCUAGCGCCCCUGUUCCGGGACCUGCAGCGGAGCGUGCUGGCCUGCAUCAUCAUCGUCAGCCUGCGUGGGGCCCUGCGCAAGGUGCGGGACGUCCCGCGGCUAUGGCGGCUCAGCCCUGCCGAUGCUCUGGUCUGGGUGGCCACGGCGGCCACCUGCGUGCUGGUCAGCACUGAGGCCGGGCUCCUGGCCGGCAUUCUCCUCUCACUGCUCAGCCUGGCCGGCCGCACACGGCACCCACGCGCUGCCCUGCUCGCCCGCGCCGGGGAUUCCAGCUUCUAUGGGGACCCAGCAGAAUUUGAGGGCCUGGUCCCUGAGCCUGGUGUGCAGGUGUUCCGCUUCACGGGGCCCCUCUACUAUGCCAAUAAGGACUUCUUCCUGCGGUCACUCUACAGCCUCACCGGGCUGAACGCGGGGUAUGCAGCCGCCAGGAGGAAGGAGCGGGGCCCAGGGGUGGGGGCUGGCGAGGGAGAGCCUGUCGAAGGCAGGGACCUGGGUCCCGGGAGCAGCACAGCUGCGCUGGUGCCCUCGGCGACCUGCUUCCACGCAGUGGUCAUUGACUGUGCCCCGCUGCUGUUCCUGGACGCAGCCGGCCUGGCCACACUGCAGGACCUGCGCCGAGACUACGGGGCCUUGGGCAUCACCCUGCUCCUGGCCUGCUGCAGCCCCUCGGUAAGGGACACCCUGAGGAGAGGCGGCUUCCUCGGGGAGGACCAGGGGGACGCGGCCGAGGAGGGGCAGCUGUUCCCCAGCGUGCACUGUGCCGUGCAGGCGGCCCGAGCCCGCUGCCAGGAGCUGGUGGCCACCAACUCCACCCUCUAACAGAGCCGGCACCUGCCGCCAGCCUCCACUCCCACCAUCCAUCACUGCAAUCUUGCUGUCGCCUGGUGCCUCCAAUCUAGAGGACCCAGGGAACCCCAAAUGGGAUGGAGGGUGGCAGUGAACACACACAAGGACCCAGACACUUGAGAACCCUCAACUGCACCUUUGAGACAAAUGCUGCCUCGGUGCCAACCUGGGCCCAGUGCUGUGCAUCUGUGGUCCGUGGAGCCGGUCUGACACUCGGUGUCCUGUCUUACUUGAACAAGGACCCUGAGGCAGUCAUGUGGUCUCCAAGAUGCCAAAAGGACGUUGGUCCCUUGGCCCGCUAGCGCCCCCCCACCCCAGGUGACAGCUGGCAGCUCUGGUCAGGGGUGUGAUGAGAGUCUCUGUGUCUAGGAAACCCCGCAAUGCACACACCCAAGUGUUUCUUACACCCUGUGCCUCAGCCCCCACUGGGGCUGGCAGGGCCAAAGGCAGAUGUGACCAACACGCCCUCAGCCCGGCCCCUGGCGUGGCAUCCCUGCACAGUCUGAGCACAGAGCGAGGGUGCCCACUCCCCGUUGCAGGGUCCAGCUGUGCCCGAUCCAGGGGCUGCCCCAGCACCCACAGCGCCUGUGCCACCAGGAGGGUGCCCUCAAUUCUCCCCUGCCCCCAGGAUGCUUGGCCGAGAAGCACAGGGGCAAUGGCUUCUUGGAGCAGGAGUCCCCCACCCCGUGACCCCGCCACGGCCCGGUACUGCACUGUCCUCCACACCCAGACGCCACCUCCUCUUAGUCUCCGUCUGCAUCUCCAUACACUGGGCUCUGCCCAGCUCCCCCCAGGCUGCCCAUCCCCUCCAUCACCCACCUGGCCGUGAUGAGGUCCAGCAGCCAGUGGGUCCGAACCUGUUCGAUGCCACCAUGAGGGACGGCACCCACGUAGGCCAGGUUGAGCUGCUGGUCCCAGCUGAGGUCAUACCGGUCAGCCUGGCUGUGCGGCAGUGGGGGACUGGGCACAAAACAAGGGGGAGCGGAGGCGUUAGUCUCCUUGAGUGGGGCUAGCGGAGGGGCCUCAGCACAGGCCCCGCACCUACAAACUCAGGGCAAGGACCGGGGCGUGUCUGCUGGUGAAUUUUACUGUCCCUGAUGUAAUAAACUGCCCCCUAGU